GUAGAAUCGGUAGGGACUUUCCAAUUUAAAUUAAAUUCUAUCACCAACCAGUUGGGAUUAACAGCAGCUAAGAAAUGCUGCCAUGGUGAUUUAAUACAUGGCGGAACAUGCUCUGAGCCAUGUCAAACAUUUUUUAAGAUAUGUUUACGCGAUCAAGUAGAUAGCAGCGAUGGUAUGUGUGGUUUUGGCAACGUAACAACUCCGGUAUUAGGUGAAAAUUCAUUUACUUUGCGCGCUGGAAAGUUAAAAGAUAAUUUUCAUAAUCCAAUAUCAAUCCACUUUAAUUUUACAUGGCCGGGUGCAUUUAUCCUUGUUGUCGAAGCAUUAAAUAAGAAAUCAUCACUUAAAUCCGGUAUGUCAAAUCAUCAAUUUGAUACCAUUGACAAAGUUGAAUAUCGCGAUGCAAUCUACAGCGGGGCAGGGUGGAAUGAACGAGAAACAACCAAUGGUCAUGUUGAAAUGGCUUUCGAAUAUCGAUUGGUUUGUGAUCGUCACUAUUAUGGACCUGGCUGCGAUAUUGCAUGCACACCACGCAAUGACCUGUUAGGCCAUUAUACAUGUAAUGAUAAAGGACAGAAAGAAUGUUUACCUGGUUGGAAAGGCAAAUUUUGUGAAGAAAUUGAAUGUCCAGAAGGUUGUAUCGAAGGAGGACAUGGAGCAUGUAUUGUACCCAAUAAAUGCAGUUGUGGUGCGGGAUGGACUGGGCCGACAUGCCAACAAUGUAUCCCAGAUCCUAACUGUGUUCAUGGUUCUUGCCAAAAGCCGAACGAUUGUGAUUGUGAUGCUGGUUGGGGAGGCGUUUACUGCGAUAAAGAUAAAAAUUUCUGUCAAAAUCAUUCACCAUGCCAUAAUGGAGCAACAUGUAGUAAUACUUCACCAGGAAACUACUCUUGUAUGUGUCCUCCGGGAUUUACUGGACGAGACUGCAUGUUAUGCCAGAUCAAUAUCGAUGAAUGCGUAAAUAACACCUGUAAAAAUGGUGCAAGCUGUAUAGAUGGCAUUGGUGAAUAUUCAUGCAAAUGUCGAACAGGUUUUACUGGAGACUAUUGCGAGACUGAAAUAAACGAAUGUAAAUCAAAUCCUUGCCGAAACGGUGGUAACUGUACCGACUUAUUAGGAGACUUUAAAUGUGAUUGCCAAACCGGAUUGACUGGUAAACGCUGUGAAGUUAAUAUUAAUGAAUGUGCAAGCCAUCCCUGUCAAAAUGGUGCAAGCUGUCAUGACGGUCUCAGCAGCUAUUACUGUCAAUGCCUCAGUGGCUUUACUGGCGACUUAUGUCAGACUAAUAUUAAUGAUUGUACUGAAGAAAUUAACUGCUUAAAUGGAGGCCAGUGCGUGGACUUAAUUAAUGAUUAUGAAUGCAAUUGUACCGAUGAUUACUAUGGAAAUAUAUGCGAAUUACAACGUGUUAAUGGAUUAUGUGCAACAGUUACAUGCCACAAUGGUGGUGUUUGCCGUGAAUUUAAUUCAAAUGGCUACAAAUGCGAGUGUGCAACGGAUUUUACUGGAUCCAAUUGCGAG